AUGGUUUUCAACGAGAGGCCAACAAAGAGGAUGAAAACAAGAGUCACCGCCGAUCUUUAUGAUUUUUUUUCUUUCCCUUCCGCCGGCGACUUCUCCGACGCUGUGCCUUUUCGUUACCGUGUUCAUCGUUUUCUUUCUGAUCACGCUCGUGUCGCUUUUCCUCCCUCUCUUUUUCCAUUUCUGAUGACGUGGCAGAUCUUGUUUCGUGUAGGGGAAGUUGUUGAUGGCUCUGAUCUUUCGUCUGAUAUAGUUACUCUUGACAUUGUUGAAGAAGACGUUACUUGUUCUCGUAGUACUGUUUAUUGCGACCAGUGCCGAGUUGUUGGAUGGAGUGGUCAUCCUGUAUGUCGAAAGCGAUUUCACUUCAUAAUAAGGUCAGGUAGUGAUGCUGUCGAAGCAUACCAAAGACCUUGUUCAAAAUGUGGAGAUCUUCUCCAAUUAUCUGAAGCAAGGUGUAAGACAUGUAAUCUUGACAUCUGUGUUGAUGAUGUGGAGGAUUGGGUGUAUCUUCAAAUUGAAGAUAACACACAUCUUCUGCAUGGAGUUGUGCAUUCCAAUGGUUAUGGCCACUUGCUUACUCUUAAUGGAAGAGAAGGUGGCUCGAUGCUUCUGUCAGGCUCUAAUUUAAUAGGUUUUUGGGAUAGGCUCUGCGCCGCAAUUUCUGUUAGGAAGGUUAGUGUGAUGGACUUGUCCAAGAAAUUUGGUCUGGAUUAUCGUUUGCUUCAUGCAAUCACCAAUGGCCAUUCGUGGUAUGGCAAUUGGGGUUAUGAAUUUGGAACUGGCUGCUAUGGUCUUACCAAAGAAGCAUACAAGAAGGCAGUUGAUACGUUGUCUAACAUUCCCCUGUCCUCGUUUUCAUUCCAAGGUCGAGGACCCCGAAACCCUGUGCAGACUGUUAUUUCACUUUAUCAGUCUUUGGCAGAAACAGAACUUCUAACAAUUAAAGAUCUCUUCUCCUUUUUGUUGAAAUUGGUUCAUAACUUUCGUAACCCAAGAAGUGCAAAGACUUCACAACAUGAAUCCACCGGCCCCAGUAAUAUACUAGUGGCAUGGACAAGAAAUGAGGUUGAAGAUGUGCAACAAGCUCUGAUCAAGGUAUUGCUUGCAUCAAGUGCAUGUAACAAGGCCAAAUGGGCUACAAGGCGAACUCUCAAGGGGGCCAUAAAUAUGCGAGUCAGAUCCCCUGAGCUGGUAGACUAUAGUCUUAAGCACUUGCCAGGGAAAUUAGCUGCAAAUGGAAUGGUGGUUUGUUCGCGAUGCAAUCCAACAUCUAGUGCUGUUGAAUUCAGAUUGGGACCUUUUACUAAUGGAUUUACCUCAAAUUCAAGCUAUCCUUCAGAAGAGCAAGUGAUAUCUGAUUUGACAUUCUUAUUUAAUAUAAUUAUUCAGCCUGAAAAAAAGUUCCGCUACAGACCGAAGAUUAUGAAGAAAACAAUUGCUGAUUCAGCCAGAACGCUCCUAGACUGUAAACAGUUUAUGAAGAAUUAUGAAAAUGAUCAUGUGAUCACAGAAUCGCCUACAGAUAUUAAGCUUUGGUGUCACGUGGAGCUUUCUGACCAGCCUAAAGAGGACCAACCAACACCACCCCCAGAACUAAUUGUGUUGCCUAUUGAAGCUACCGUUGAUGAUCUGAAGAAUGAAGUCACUAGUGCUUUUCAAGAGGUAUAUGCAAUGUACAAGAGGUUUCAAGCUGAGGAACUUCUAGGAUAUGGUAAAAUCAGCAAUUUAUAUACCCUGAAAUUCCUUUUCGGAGCAAAUUCAAGUGUUCGAAUUCUAGGAAAAUGUCCUACCAAACAUGGUCUAAGCCGAUUCCGAAAGGAACGAGGAACAGAAGAGUGGAAGGUUGAUUGCACUUGUGGUGCUAAGGAUGAUGAUGGAGAAAAAAUGUUGGCAUGUGAUACCUGUGGUGUCUGGCAGCAUACCAGAUGUGCGGGAAUUGGUAGCCCUGCACCUUCCAAAUUUGAAUGUAGGAGAUGUGUAAGCUCUUACAGUGUGAAAACCAAAAAAUACCCAGUAUCUUCUUCUAGCGAGACUUGUAAAUUGAAAACAUCUUGCAGAGAUGAAGCUGCUGCUGUAACUUGUAAUAUAAAUGUAAAUUUUGGUGUACGAUGA